AUGAUUCCUAUUCAAUCACGUCUACAAGCCAUGUCGCUUCCUAAAGCGGCGGCUCCUAUCGCCAGCACAGAUCCAGCACAGGUUACCUUUUGUUGGAGUGGUAGCUCCGGAUCUUUCGAGUCGUCUACUAUGUCGAGUCCCUUUGCGCCACCACCCACACCAACCGACUCUCUCCUCGAUAUCAACCCUCGCAAGUCAUCAUUCUCCAGUGAACAGGGAGCCGCAUACGCGUUCCCAUCUUGGCCCAACCGACCUUCUCUCUCUAACAAUAACUCCUCCGACUCGUGUGCCAACGCCUACCUCUCCGAUGACGACCUCCUCUGGAUGCCCGAGAACGCAGCCGCAGAGAAGGCCGUGGAUGAAAUGAUCCAAGACACAGAGACGAUGUGCUCGGUCACUAUGGAGCAACAGAUGCAGCGCCUCCGCGCUAUCGCCGAACAAGAAGAUCGUGCCAACUUCCUGGCCAAGGUCGAAGCCCACGCGCGAGCGACUCAAGCCUUGCGCCAGGCAAAGCAGAGCGUCGCCAGCGAGGGCGAUAACUCAAAGCGCAGGAAGCGUAGAGUCGUGCCAACCCCCAAACGACGCGCCCAUUCCGCAUCCAAAGUCUUGACUCACUAA